UAAAAAUAGAACAAGAAACUUUGAGAAGUGCAUUCCAAUGCAAACAAACCCUCCCCAAAUCUUAGAAUGAGAGUCAAGUCACCAAAUUUUAAGCUUCUUACAGAUGAAAUUCCAACUAUUUUAGCAUAAAAUGCUUAGUACAAAUAGGCAUUCAUGGACACAACCUUCUCCACAACAAACUAAUUUUCAUAUCUACCUCAUCAAAAACAUUUAGAAAAAAAAACAUUUGCAACAAUGGCCAUUCGGUUCCCAUAUUUCCCUCCACCACCUCCAGCUGUAAAGCCGCCAAGUCACCCAGCGCCUCCACCACCGGCAGCAAACCCGCCAAGUCACUCAGCCCCGCCACCACCAGCAGCAAAGCCACCAAGUCACUCAGCCCCACCACCACCAGCAGCAAAGCCGCCAAGUCAUUCAGCCCCGCCACCACCGGCAGCAAAGCCCCCAAGCCACUCAACCCCACCACCUCCGGCAGCUAAGCCACCAAGCCCCUCAACUCCACCACCACCAUCCCCGGCAGCUAAGCCACCAAGCCCCUCAACCCCGCCACCACCAUCCCCGGCAGCAAAGCCACCAAGUCACUCGACCCCACCACCACCACAUCAGCCAUUUAGCCCACCGCCACCUCAUGUACACCCACCACCAGCACUGCCACCCCAUGUAGCCCCACCACCGCCACCAUUGCCACCUUCUCCAUCGCCGAAUCACCCCACCGUCAUAAUCAUUAUAUUCAUCUCAUUUGGUUCUGUUUUCUUCCUUGCAUUUCUUGCAAUUGCUCUAUGUUGUUUCAUCAAGAAAAAGAAGAAGAAGAGUACUAUCCGAGAAACCGAGGUCAUUCAUUUCGACGAACAUAGGAAGAUCAAGGAGGCCAUAGUAGAAGGUCCCCAUGGACCACAAGCUGUGGUACUAUCAGUUGAGGAUGAUGUUCAUAUAGAUGAGGCGAUCAGGAAAAAUGAGAAAUCUGAUAAGAGAUGGCCUUCUUCGAGUUCAAAUGUCCAAGAAACUGGUUUUAUUCAUGUUGAUGAACAUGAGAAGGUGAAAGAAGGCUUUGUCGAAGGUCCUCAUGGAUCAAAAGCUAUGCUGUUGACAAUUGACGAUGAUAUUCAUGUCGAUGAGGAGAUAAGCAAGAACGAGAGAUCUGGUAAAGAUGGUCAUCACCAUCUUGUACACAAGGCCGGUCUAUAAAAGUGUUAUGGACAUUCAACGUCGUGUGCUGUUAUUCCUUCCAUGUAAUUCAUAAAAAUUCAUCACUGAGAUUGAAGUGAUGUAUGUAAUUCAUAAAAAUUCAUCACUGAAAUUGAAGUGAUGUAUGUAAUUCAUAAAAAUUCAUCACUGAGAUUGAAGUGAUGUAUGUAAUUCAUUAUUUUCUAAUAAGUACCCCCAAU